AUGCCACCUGUAUCAGCAUCGAAGGCGAAGCGUCAAGCAGAAAAGGCGGCCAAGGCUGCAGCUAAGGGAGAGAAAGUUGGCUCGUCAAAAGACUCCGUGGCCACAAGCGAGUCAGGAGCGUCGGCAUCGACGAAGGCCACGAGCGUAGAUGAGAAUGGGGGUCCUAUCACCGACAUGAAGAAGCUAGCCAUUGCGACAGAGCGCAAUGCUGCUGGUGUGAUUGUGAGUGACAAACAGAGCCGUGAUUUGCACAUCGAAAGCUUCUCGAUGUCGUUCCACGGCCGUCUGCUAAUUGACAAUGCGACGGUCGCAUUGAACUACGGUCAGCGGUACGGUCUUUUGGGUGAGAAUGGCUCUGGAAAGACGACGUUCCUCGAGGCCCUUGCGAACCGAGAUGUGGAAAUUCCCGAACACAUCGACAUUUAUCUCGUGCGUGGUGAGGCGGAUCCAUCGGAUGAGAACGCUCUCGACUACAUCAUCAAGUCAGCGCGUGAAAAGGUCGCACGUCUCGAAAAGGAGAUUGAAGACAUGUCUGUCGCAGACGAAGUUGAUGACGUGGGACUUGAGCUGAAAAUGGAAGAACUUGACGAGUUGGACCCCAACACGUUCGAGGCAAGGGCUGGAGCGAUCUUGUAUGGUCUUGGAUUCUCACAGGCUAUGAUGAACAAGCCCACCCGCGACCUGUCGGGUGGUUGGCGUAUGCGUGUGUCAUUGGCUCGUGCCCUUUUCAUCAAGCCACACAUGUUACUGAUGGAUGAGCCUACGAACCACUUGGACUUGGAAGCCGUCGUAUGGCUGGAGGCGUACCUGUCGACCUACAACCAUAUUCUCGUGCUUACAUCGCACAGUGCAGACUUUAUGGACAACGUUUGCACAAACAUUAUUGACCUGACGAUCCAAAAGAAGUUCAUAACGUAUGGUGGUAACUACUCUACGUAUGUGCGAACAAAGACGGAGAACGAAGUGAACCAGAUGAAAGCAUACUACAAGCAGCAGGAAGAAAUUGCCCACAUCAAGAAGUUCAUUGCAAGUGCUGGUACUUAUGCUAACCUGGUUAAGCAAGCCAAGUCGAAGCAGAAGAUUAUCGACAAGAUGGAGGCCGCUGGUCUUGUGGAGCCAGUUGUACAGCCAAAGCAGCUUCGUUUCAACUUCGAGGACGUGCGCAAGCUGCCACCGCCGAUUAUUGCAUUCAACGAUGUUGGCUUCAGCUAUAGCGGCAAGGAAGAAGACUUUUUGUACAAGGACCUGAGCUUCGGUAUUGAUAUGGAUAGCCGUGUGGCGAUUGUUGGCCAGAACGGUACGGGUAAGUCGACGCUGCUCAACCUUAUUACUGGUGUGCUGCAGCCCGUCGCCGGUAGUGUGCAGCGUCACUCAGGUCUGAAGCUCGGCAAGUACUCGCAGCACUCGGCAGACCAGCUGCCAUACGACAAGAGUCCGCUUGAGUACAUUGAGUCCAAGUAUAAGGAGAAGUUCCCUGAUAAAGACGUGCAGUUCUGGCGUGCUCAGCUGGGUCGCUUUGGUCUCUCUGGUCAGCACCAGACUUCGCCGAUCCGGACGUUGUCUGAUGGCUUGCGCAACCGUGUGGUGUUCUCGCAGCUCGCGAUGGAGAACCCGCACAUCUUGCUGCUAGAUGAGCCGACAAAUCAUCUUGACAUGGGUUCGAUUGACGCACUUGCUAAUGCCAUUAAGGAGUUUGAGGGUGGUGUCGUGAUUGUCUCACACGACUUCCGUCUCAUCUCUCAGGUGGCUGAUGAGCUGUGGGAGGUGAAGGAUCGCAAGAUCGUUAACUUGACGAAGCAGGACAUCAGUAUCCAGGACUACAAGAAGAUUCUGAUGAAACAAAGUGCGGACGCUAUUGAACGUGCCAAGAUUACGGCCAAGACGUCCUAA